GGGCAAAGGCCCUGGGUUCAAUCACCAGUACUGCAAAAAUAAAGGAAAACAACCGUGGUGGCAGGGAGCUCUGGUUUUAUUAUCUGUGUGCUGGUCCUUGCCUGUUAGGGUGUCGCAGCGGCGGUGCACUGGGUAGUGGUCCCCCAGGCCAUCCCACCACCUGGCUAACUGUGGUUGGCCUUCCUCAAGGGGAGGCAGCGGGGGACAGGCAGCACCCUCCGAUUCCUUGUGUGCCUCUCUCUUCUGAGACUGGAGGUCUCUCCACGGACACUCCGUGGCCAGCACCCAGCCGGCCCCAAGUGCACAGAGUGCUUGCUGCACGAAUUAGUCCAAUCAAGUCAGAGUGCUUCUUUAUCAUCUCUGGGCCAGAUCGACCCGGGUCACUGGGUCUCAGAUAAAUACUGACAAUGUGGCGUUUGUGUAGUUCACUGUUGGGGACAGGACCCCCUUUCUGAAUCAGCUGGGAAGGCCCUGCCCUCCCCUGUUCCCCACGUGGACCCUUUUGGGUUUGGUGACCCCCUGCCAGGCUGCCCCUCCAGCCUCCGUCUACACAGGGUGGAGCCCCAAGCUGGCUUUCCUGGGCAGGGCCCAGCAGUUCCUGGAGCGUGGGGCUGUUUGGGUACAAACAUUUCCCUGAAUUGUCCUGCCUCCCAAGGCGGCCAGGAGCGAUGUUUUCUCUCCUCACCCCAAAGAGGACCAGUCUUUGAGGCCGUGGGUGGGGGUUGGGAGGUCACCCUGGGGCCCUGGGGCCACAGAAGGACAGAGGGGGGCACAGCUGGGCAGGCUGGGGGUCAGCUGUAGACAUGAGUUGGCCUGGGAAUUAGAGUUCAGCAAAGAGCAGGGCUGGACGUUCUGGGGGUUUGAGGGGCCGGGAACCCUCCUUGGUGGCCUAAAGGAUACAGGGCCGGCCUCCCGCUCAGCAGAGGAAGCUUGUCCCUCCUCUGAGGCUCCUUCCUGCUGACACCUUUCUGAGGACAGUGGCUGCAGAGAUGGGGUCUCCUAGAGGUUGAGAGAGACGUCCACCCUCCCGCCUCAGCCUCCUGAGAGCAGGGAUUAUGGGGCGCGCCACCAUCCCCAGCUAACCUUGUGCUUAACGCCAAGUCACCCAGCAGAGGUGGUGGCUGUGGGUAAAAUGUUUCUUUUUAUGUGGAGUGUUCGGGAGUGAAUGGUGCUGACCACGUGACGUUGCUGGUGUCAAGCUAGCACAGUGAUGGGGCCACACGAUUUGUCCUCUCCUCCUAGGCCCCCAAGGGAGCUGGGACAAGCAUAUUAAACUGACCUUGUGUGCCUCGAUAAGUUGUUCUGGAAACACAAGCCACAGUUAGGUCACCUGUGACCAGUGCUGGGCGAGACCCAGGCAGCUGGGAAGCUGUCCAGCGGCUCUGCAGUUCUGGAAUGGGCGACCCGGCUUCAGGAGGGAUCCGAUUCCAAGAGGAGUUUGCUGGGUUGAGUCAACAAGACUCAGAACAUGCCAGGCGCUCACCCUGCAGCUUCCUGUCACCUCCCCACAGCUGGUGUCCUGGACCCCACGGGCAGGCUCAGCUCCGUGUCAGGCUCUGCAUCCUGGCCCAGCCCGCCAUGCUCCUGAGGGCUUGGGUACCCUGUGGGCAAGAAGGAAGAAUCCUCCUCGAGGUUGGGGCUAGGACCACGCCUCCUCGAAGCACAGACACCAGCUGUCCCUUCGUUCAGCGAGGCAGUGCUUCCACUGACAUCCGCGGAGCUGCCCGUGGCUGCAGGCUAAGUCUCAGUUCUCCAACUUGCACAGAUUUCCCCGGAGGACUUGUUUCGACAGGUUACCUGCCCAGCCCUGGAGUUCCUGACCCAAGUGGAGAUGCCUGUGAGGGGCCGAAGCAGCCAUGCACGGCGGGAACACAGGAUGGAUGGUCUGGAGUGGGCAUCUUUGUUAUCUGUGGGGCAGGUCCUGGGAGAGCUGUGGCAAGUCAGGUGAGAAAACUGAGCCCUGCACAGAACCAGUGCUACCUUCGGCCAGCAGAGGGGAGCCUACACACCAGGGCUUUGUGCCUCUUUGUCUGCCAGCGGUCUUCCCAAAUCUGUUACGCGCUCCAAGGACCCCCAGCACAGGUGUCACUGUCCCUGUUUUCCAGAUUCUGCACACUGGCCUCAGAGAGGUUGAGAGUUGUGAGGGGACCCCCACCCCAGCCUGCCUCCCUGUGUGCAGAGCCCGUGCCUGGCUGCCUGAUUGCUCAUUCCUAAACCAUCCAUCCAGGGCCGGAUGUCCCCACGACAUGGUGGCCUCCUGUGACAGCUGCUUCUUGUUGUCCUGUGCCUGCUGAUGACCCAGCCCUGGGUACUUCACUGCCCUCCACUGCUUCUCCAGGGGCCGCCCGCCCCGCCCUGUGGUCCACAGCUGUUUCUUCACAGAGCUGCACCCCACCUGGCCAGUCCCCCGCUGCCCAGCCUCCUGCCCACCAGCUUCCCCGCCCCUCCCAAGCGCCUCGUUCUCAUCCCACCCCUGCUGGUGACCCCCCCCCAUCCCAGACUCUCAGUUUUCAGUCCUCUUCUGGGUCACCUCUGUGUCCCAAGGCUUGACAUCAAACGUGCUGAGCCCAGAUCGCCAGCCGGAUCCUCACCAGGGCUCAGAACAGCUGUACAAAGCCAGCGUGAGGCACCCACGCUCAGGCCCAAGGCUCCGCUCUCUGCUGCCCCUUCUGGUGCUGACCCAAGUGUCCACGGCGUCCUGAGACUGCUCCUGCUCCCUCAUCCCCUCCUUAUCCCCAAAGUUUACCAAGGCCCAUCCUUGAGACUCCCUGGCUUCACUCUCUCUGCUGCCAUUGCCUUUUCCCUUUGCUCAUUUGUUUUUGCAGGGCCAGGGAUGGAACCCAGGGCCUCCAGCACUCCAGCGAUGGCUCCUCCCCUGAGCGCCACCCCGGCCCAGCGCCUUCCUUCUGGCCUUCCUUCUGAAUCUGUCCUCUUCGGCCUGGAUCACUGCGACAUCCACCUCAGCAGCUCUUGUGUUCUGUCCUCAGCUCCUCCACCUGGCCGUCCACUGGGAUCCAGGAUCCCCAGGGAACUCCUUUAAUGCCAACCUCACCCUGCCAUUCCCCAGCUCAGUGCCCUGCCCUGGCUCCCUACUACCCACCAGGGCUGGCCUUGACCGCCUUUCCAGCCCAACACCCCCACCUUAUGUUCCACCCGCCCUUCCCCUGGCCCGGAUGGUGUUCCCCUCUCCUUUCUCCCCACUGUCUGCCCAGCUCAGCAGUUCCCCCCUUGGGGAAGACCUCCAGGGCCCUUCCUGUGCCCCUACCACCUAGGGUGCUUACCUCACUGCAACGGUGCCACCCUACUGUGGCCCCGCUGGGCUGGGGACUCAGAGCUGGCUGUGCCCCAUUCCCUAGCUCUCUGCGGGUCUUGUCCCCUCUCUCAGGACCCCAAGCUGGGGUGGCUGUACUGGGCCCCGCACGCCUGAGUUCAGAACACAUUUCUGCAGGCCUGACGGCUGGUGGGUGUGGAAACUUGGUGUCCUCCAGGAUUUCUGACCUCAUGAGAGAGGGCAGGGAGCAUGCAGGCCUGGGAGCCAGAAGGGCUGGCAGCCGGGGAUGGGAGGAGUGGAACCAGGGCAUCAGACACCUGUGCCCGUGGCUGGCACUCGCUUCAUCUCUGGAGACAACAGGGUCUUGGGGCCAAGGAAGGGAGCGUGAGACCAGCUUUGCCACUCUUUGCUAGGCCUGGCCUGGAAGCCCAGGCCAAGAGACCAGGGGGCGAGGGAGCCAGCAGAAAGAUGGGUUUGUGCAACAGCGUUCAAUAUGUUUGCAAUAAAGGGAAAAUGGAAAAAAUGUUAAUUUAAUUUUGACAGUGCCCUGGGGAUGAUGCUCAUGGCUCUGAGCGCUCCAACUGCCACCCAGCCAGCCCUGCUCAGGAGGCUCCAGGGAGAGAGGGAAUGCAGGGGCAAGGGUGAGGUGCUCCAAGGCCCUGUCCCAGAAUGUCCCCCACAUCCUGUCACUGUGGCCAGUGCCCUGUCCACGAAGCAGGACAUCCACCAGGGAAGGGGGACCUGUCGGCUCUUGGCUUUGUCUCCUAUGGCAGGACCCGGAAGAGGCCCUGUGCUGGGAGGUGCCUGCCUCCCCUGGGCCCGGAGGCCUGGAAUCGGGCAUUGCACCAAGUUCUUAGGAUCUCUGUGUCAGUCCCAGAGCCUGGCGACCGGGGUGCAGUGAGAACCCGGACACCAGGGACCAGUGCAACUCUUCAGCAGCUGCAGCCCUUGGGGAAUCAAUGCCCUG